UGGUUUAUAGCAGCAGUAACAUAAAUUCACAGUCAGUGUGGGCACUGGCGACUUUAAAGGGGCAAUACUUCCAAGACUGGGAACUCUGCUUGAGCUGUUUGGAGGAGACCUUCUUGUCGCGACUUUCUUAAUUUAAGUAAGCUGAACUUUCAGCCUAAUUUAAUUCUUAAAGCGUUUUUUUUUUCUGUGUUGAUAGGGCGCAGUAGAUGGUAAGCCCACAGCCGUUGGUGGCUCAGCCCCGCGCGGCUACAUGCUAGACAGAAACCACUGGAGGAUCCCGUCUUUCCCUGUUUGCUCCCUCUGUAUGCACGAAAUGCUCUAAAAAGUAUAAAAUUUUAAUCUCUUUGCAUUUUUUGUUAAAUGUGCUACAACAACAGCAAUGGAGUGAAAGAACAACACAGCGACCUGGCGUGGUUUUUCCCUGAGCUGCGUGUAAACAAAUAGAUGAUAGAGGAUACGAUGACCCUGCUGUCUCUCUUGGGUAGGAUCAUGCGUUAUUUUCUGCUCAGACCGGAGACCUUGUUCCUGCUGUGCAUUAGCCUUGCUCUGUGGAGUUACUUCUUCCACACGGAUGAGGUGAAGACCAUCGUCAAGUCCAGCCGGGAUGCUGUCAAGAUGGUGAAGGGAAAAGUGGCGGAGAUGAUGCAGAACGAGCGCUUCGGCGGACUGGACGUCCUGGAUGCGCAGUUCUCCAAGACCUGGGAGUUCAGGAGCAACAAUGUGGCCGUGUACUCCAUCCAAGGCCGGCGGGACCACAUGGAGGACAGGUUCCAGGUGCUCACCGACAUCGUCAACAAGAGCCAUCCGUCCAUAUUCGGGGUGUUUGAUGGCCACGGAGGAGAGGCUGCUGCUGAGUUUGCUAAGACCCACCUGGCAGAGGCUCUGCGCCAGCAGCUACUGACCUAUGAACGGGAGAGAGAGCGAGACCGAGAAAAAGACAAAGAUGAAAAGAAGGAAAAGGGAGGCCUAUCCUAUCCAUCCAUCCUGGAGCAGCAGAUACUGACACUAGACAGAGAAAUGCUGGAAAAACUCUCUGCCAACUACAAUGAAGCAGGCACUACAUGUCUGGUGGCUCUGCUGUCUGAUAAGGAGUUAAUAGUGGCCAACGUCGGAGACUCGCGGGGAGUUCUGUGCGAUAAAGAUGGCAACGCCAUUCCUCUGUCACAUGACCACAAACCUUACCAGCUAAAGGAACGCAAGAGGAUCAAGAAGGCUGGAGGUUUCAUCAGUUUCAACGGUUCGUGGCGCGUCCAGGGGAUCCUUGCCAUGUCCCGCUCUCUGGGCGACUACCCGCUGAAAAACCUCAACGUGAUCGUCCCCGAUCCCGACAUCAUGUCCUUUGACCUCAACAAGCUGCAGCCUGAGUUCAUGAUCCUGGCUUCAGACGGCCUGUGGGACACCUUCAGCAACGAGGAGGCGGUUCGCUUCAUCAGGGAGCGACUGGACGAGCCACACUUCGGAGCUAAAAGUAUCGUCCUCCAGUCCUUCUACCGCGGCUGCCCCGACAACAUCACCGUCAUGGUGGUCAAGUUUAAAGGCAAGAUGGGGGAAAAGAAGUAAGAAGUUAGAUAGGGGAAUCAGUUAGGAGAAACUUUUGGAGCGAGAACUUUUCACCACAGAUAUUUCCAGCACUUUGCCCUUCAAACCUCUCUUCACCAUCCUCCAAUGUCUUGAUAUUGUUAAAAAACAGAGUUAAAGUUAGGCUUGCCAUUAUGUAUUACACACUGUGUGCAGGGUUGCAGUAAUACACGCAGUUGUGGAUCAAAAAAUCUUGAAUUUGAAAAUUUUUUUAUUUUUUUAUUUUUAAGGAGGAAUGAAGGCAGAUUUCUUAAAGAAAAACACAAAAAGUUUGCUUUUG